AAAAUAAUUUUUUUAUAUUACUUUUUGAGAGGGAGAAAAUAAUUUUAUAUGAUUUCAACAAUCAUUUAAAAAAUGUGAAAUCUUAUCAUAGUUAAGAGGAGGGAAUCAAUAAAUUCAGGAGUCGUACAUAGUAGAUUAAGAUGAGCUUUCUUCUGGAGUUGUCAAUUUGGGGAUUGUUUUAAAAUGGAUUUAGCAAAGCAAAAAAGUUAACCUUUGACCUUGUUAGUGUCUUGGAUUUCAGGAUCCCUUUUUUAGUGUAUCCUAUGCACCACAGACAACUAACGGAAAAAAGAUCUUUAACUGAUACAAAUUUUACGUUUGGUAUAUGAGAGUGGCUACAACUACAUGCAAGAAUUUAAUAAUUAGAGUGGGUUUGUAAGUUAAAUAUAUUUACUAUAAGAAAGAGAGCAAGAGAGAUGUGGCGGUCAUGAGUUUUUACGACCCUUGGCUUUACGGUCGACGUUGAUUACCUUCUGCUUCAUUUCCAUGCAAUGGCCUGCAAGAUUCACAGUCAGACAUAUAGCACACCGGUUGAGAAGCUGUUCCAGUUUGAAGGAGGUGGAGUCAUGGUACGGCUUGUUGCUCAAGAACGGCACAGCCCAAGAUUGCUUCUUGAUGAAUCAAUACAUCACUGCUUGUUCCCACCUCCACGCUAUAGAUUCAACAAUUUUCGCCUUCGCUCAGAUGGAAAAUCCUAAUCUAUUCGUCUAUAAUGCAAUGAUCGGCGCCUUUGUACACUACUUUCGCCCGCUUGACGGUUUGUGGUAUUAUGUGCUUAUGUUGAGGAAUGGCAUACGUCCGAGUAGUUAUACAUUUCCUGCUGUAAUUAAGAGCUGUAGAGUUUUAUCUUUUGUGGGAGUUGGUACAAGUGUUCAUGGUCAGGUUUUGAGAACUGGGUUGCCGCUGCACGUUCAUGUUCAAACUGCGUUGGUCGAUUUUUAUUCCAGUUUGGGUAGGAUUCUUGAGUCCACGAAGGUGUUCGAUGAAAUGCCUGAAAGGGAUGGUUUUGCUUGGUCAGCAAUGAUCUCCGCUCAUGCUCGUGCUGGAGAUUUGGAUUCUGCAAAGAGGGUGUUUGAUGAGAUGCCAGAAAACAAUACUGCUACAUGGAAUACUUUAAUUCAUGGUUAUGUGGAAGCAGGAGAUGUGGAGUCCGCGGAGGAGUUAUUCUGCAGGAUGGUUAAAAGAGAUGUGAUUUCUUGGACGACCAUGAUCAAUUGUUACUGUAAACACAAGCGAUACAGAGAAGCCGUAGAACUUUUUCGUGAAAUGAAGAGUACUGAAAUUAGACCUGAUGAAGUCACCAUGUCAACUGUAAUAUCUGCUUGUGCACAUCUCGGGGCUCUGGACCAAGGGAAGGAGAUGCAUUUGUAUGUUAUGCAAACCAGGUCUAAUAUUGAUGUUUAUAUAGGAUCUGCAUUGAUUGAUAUGUAUGCCAAGUGCGGGUUGUUGGAGAGAGCACUUUUAACGUUCUUCAAAUUACAGGAGAAAAAUCUCUUCUGUUGGAGUUCUAUGAUUGAUGGCCUUGCAUUUCAUGGAUAUGCAGAAGAAGCAUUGUCAAUGUUUGACAAAAUGGAGGAGGAGAACAUUGAGCCAAAUAGUGUUAUCUAUGUCAGUGUUCUUGCAGCUUGUACUCAUGGUGGUUUGGUUGAAGAAGGUAAACGGAGAUUCCUUGAAAUGACAAGCAGAUAUUUUAUCCUUCCUGGGAUUGAGCACUAUGGGUGCAUGGUUGACCUUUUAUGCAGAGUCGGUUUGCUGGAAGAAGCACUAGGCUUGAUAAGAAGCAUGAGAAUGCAACCCAAUUCUGUUAUUUGGGGUGCUUUGUUAGGUGGUUGUAAGCUUCACAAGAACUUAGAGAUUGCUCAAGUUGCUGUGGAUAGAUUAAUGAUUUUGGAACCAAAUAAUAGUGGAUAUUAUACCCUUUUGAUCAACAUGUAUGCUGAAGCAAAUAGAUGGAGUGAAGUGGCAAGGAUUAGGGCAAUCAUGAAGGACCGUGGAGUGCUGAAGAUAUGGCCUGGCUCAAGUUGGAUUGAAGUGAAAAAGAAGAUGCACCAGUUUGCUGCUUGUGAUAAUUAUCAUCCAGCAUCAGAAGAGAUUUACUCAGUGUUGGAUGUGUUAGAUUUGCAACUUAAGCUCUUUGGUUAUGAACCUUAUUUGGAUUUUGUCCUGUAAAGGAUUGUGGAAGCGGAGGACCUGAGAUUAUGCUGUUUUGGGUGAUA